AUGGAUGACAUUACUACUUCCCUACAGUCGCUUCUGCGGCAACGCUUCCACAUCACCCCAACAACGACCUCGCGGCACGAUCAAUGGUUCAAAAGAGUCUACCAGAGCUGGGUCGAAACAGACAAACAGCUACUACUCCUGACGCCCAAGGUGUCCCGUCCCGAAUGGGCUCCCGAGAUGCUGCAGCUCUCCGCUCAACUUGCCAGCCACAUACAACUCCUGGCCGCCGCCGAGCGGCAACGACUAGACGCCGCAUUCCCGCCCCGCCAAGACAAACUGUUUCCAGACUCUGCGCUCGACGAGCCGCCACUCUUGUGCCCGCUCCAUGACCGGCAAGCCCCGGUGUUGACCCCUGGCGUGCAGCGCGGCGACUGGUGGACGGACAAGGACCCGGCGGACCUGGCGCGCGUCGCCAAGGCGCUCCUCGAGCACGAGCAGACGGCGGCCUUGCUGCACGUGGCCCAGAUGCGUGGCGUCGACAUGAAGGCUGCGAUGGACUGUAGAAAACAUGGGCAGAGUCGCGGGGACUGGUCGGCUCCAAAGGGCGGCGGUUGGGGCGCGGCGGUCGACGAAGCGCUCUCUGUCUUUUUCUUUGCGGCCAUCCUAGGGACGUUUCCGGAAGAGCUCCUCACGGAAACCACGUACAGAAACUGGCUGCCGUACGGAGGGCUUCUGUCCGACGCGGGGCCGCCCAUGCGCUUCGCCGAGGCGCUGAAGAAGCGGCCAGGCUUCAGGGGUCUGCGCGCGCACGACGACGUGCGGCCGCACAUGGAGCGCUGUGUGCGCAUCCUGGCCGCCGCCGACCUGCUACACUCCGCCUGCCGUCUCCCGGCCGUGGACUGGGCGGCGCGCAUCGGCAGCACCCUGUUGUACUUUGUCGGCUUCGAGGCCUGGAACCGCGCCCGCGAGGGCAGCACGUACCUGCACUGCCACCUCAACACCGCUAAAACGGACAAAUGGCUGUCGCAUGGCCUGGAAGCGGGCGAUUGCGGCAAGGAUGCGGUCGUGCGUGCUGCGAAACGUGCCCGCACGGCGAAGACGGCGCGCCCGCGCGAUCCGUUGCUGCUGCGCGCGCCUCGGGCAGAUGCGGCAACCAACGACGCCGAGGAUGAGGAGCAGUGCAGACUUGCGGACUUGGAGCAGGAAGAAGCUGCGUACGGAUCAAAGAGGAGCACGAAGUAUCAGAGGAGGAAGGUGAGAGAUUGGGUGGGAUGA